UGAUAGUAUUCCACCUGUUCUAGUUUGGAUUCUUAUGUCUUCCGAAGUUUUAGGAAAGGCAUCUAAAUCCAACGAGUCAUUUGACUCAUCUUUAUUUUUUCGUGAAAGAGAGAAUGUUUUGUAGAAAUUGUUUGUUUUGAGAAAAGUUUGCAUAUCAUUAUGGUAGUUGAAACCAAAAGAGAGAAUUAUAAUUCUGUAAAGUCUGGUGCGGAAGGCAGUGUUGCUACGAGUAGUGUUACAAGUCAGACUACUCCACUUUUAGAUUGGGAAGAGUAUCUGAGAGAUGUAGAAAGUGCACACAGUCGACUUUUGCAAACAUCUGACCAAUUGAGACAUAGUUUCUCACAAUUGGAUACUCUUCAAGGGGAGUUUGAGAGCAAAUAUCGGGCGCAAAAGAAGGACGUCGAGUCCCUGAAGAGUUAUUUGAAAGAUAUUAACGAUACUGUUCAAUAUACAACUGCCAAGGAAAAAGUCGAGUCUUGGAGUUGUGAUUUGAAACAAUUGUCUUCACUUAUGCCUGUUUCAGGUGGACUAUUUGUAGAGUUGUUUCUUGGCACCACCGACCUUCGUUUUCGAAGAAGGCAACAAAGGAUAGCUUUCAAAACGCAAUAUGAACUUUAUAAGAAACGUUUGGGUCCAUUUUUCGUUUGGAUGACUUUUCUCUGUUUUUUAUUUGAACGUAAUCGUUGGUUGCAUAUGUUGUUACAGUUAUUCCUUGCCUAUUAUUAUGCUUCUUUAGCUAUUCGAGAGAAUAUUUUGAGAGCCAAUGGAAGUAAUAUCAAGUCUUGGUGGAUAUGGCAUCAUUACUUGUCGAUGGGCAUAGCGACCUGUUUUCUAACUUGGCCAGAUUCCACUUCUUAUGCAAUGUUUCGCAAUCGAUUGCAUAUUUUUGGAAUGUAUACUGCACUAUUACAGAUACUUCAAGCACGUUAUCAAAUGGCUCGUUUGUAUACUCUUCGUUCACUUGGUAAAGCUGGUGAAUUGGAUGUAGCGAAUACCGAUUCCACUCAAAUCCAUUGGGGUUCGAGUAUGAAGUUAUUGAUGCCGUUUGUUAUCGUUGGGCAGUUUAUUCAACUCUACAAUUGUAUAUUUCUGUAUGGUUUAUGGAGAAUGUUUCCAUUAGAAACUCAAAUAUUGGUUGCUUCUAUCUUAUUUUUAUCUACUUUUGCUGGUAAUUUUUCUACUACUAUGUAUACUUUAUAUGAAAAGACAAGAGGAAAGAAACAUUCGUUUUAAGAGAAAUCAAAAAAGAGCCUAUUCAUUUUCCCUUCCACAAAUGAAUAGGCAGAGAGUGGA